UGAGGAAGUAACCCAGGUAGAGUCACCCGCUGUAAUGUUGAAAGUGCUCAUUCACUCACAACACUGAAGCAGACAUGAGUUUUAUUCCUCACCUAAUACUGGCUGGACUCAUUGGAAUUCACUGUAAAAUUAUUACAGUGAGUCGAGUUUCAGUUAAGGCUGGAGGCUCCAUCUCUAUCCCAUGUCUCUAUGACCAGUACUACAGAAACCAUGUGAAACACUUGUGUCAAGGAUAUAAAUGGCAGUCGUGUCAUAUAGUAGUUGACACAAACCAACGAAAAAGUAGUUCAGGAAAGUUUUCAAUCUCUGAUGAUACAAACCAAAGAAUCUUCACUGUGACUAUUAAUGAAAUAACGCAUAAGGACACUGAUUUCUGGUGUGUUGUGGAGAAAUGGGGGGAAGAUGUCGGACAGUAUUUUCAGCUGUCAGUGACCACAGGUAUGUCAAAUCUGUACGUGGACCAACAAGAAAUUACAGCAUCUGAAGGAGGUAGUGUGACUAUCAACUGUCACUAUAAAUACUCAGCAGAAAGAAAGUGGUGCAGACUGGGCCGCACCUGUGUGACAAAUCAGUCUGGAUCAAUAGAUGGAACAGCAGUGACCAUCGACGCCAGUGUCUCUAAUGAUUUCACUGUGACCAUGAGUAAACUGAGGACAGAGAGCAGCGGCUGGUACUGGUGUGCUGCAGGAGACUUACAGAUGCCAUUGCACGUAACUGUUAAUGAAUUACCCACAGCAAAUAAGACCAAACCUCGGACGUCUGACAUCACAGCGGAUUAUGACAGCCAGACAAGGGUCAGCAAUGGAAAAAAUAUUGAUGCACUGGAGGUGGCAGGCUCCAUCACUGCUAUCGAAAUGUGUGACCCUAACUAA